CAUUGAUACCGCAGAGUACGUUUUAACUUCCGGGUUGCGCGGUUCUCGCAGUUCAUCAAGCUAAUGCGAGCUAGUCAUCUCGCUGUUAAUAACGGCUUUAGUUUAAAUAAGAAGAAACAACGUCUGUUUGGUCUGGGAACUUGAUUACAACUUCUUAGGCAUUGUAAAGUCUGUAUGGCCACUAUACAUGGAUGGUGAGAGUGACAUGUCAGGAUGUGGAUGGAAAUCAUUUGCUGAAAGAUAACUGUAAUUAGCUGUUCCUUGGAAAUUUCCUGGAUUGGUGAAACUGUCUCCACAUAUUCCGUCAUGUCAUUACCAAAGGAGUCAGGGAACCGAGGAAAAGAUCGAGAGAGGGGGGCUCGUCCCAAGGUGAGACAGAGCCGGUCAGAGGAGAGACGAGAUGCAGGCGGUGGAAGGAAAGGUGGAAAGGGGAAGAAAAAAGGCCUUUCCUCCCACGACGCUGCGGCUGAGCGACCUGUCAGUGAUGGCUUUGAGUAUGGUGAGCUGUUGAGUGAACUGGAGACCAGAGACCAAUCUUCCCCUUCCCCUCUGAGGGAUAGUUGGAGAUGGCAGGGCUUUGAAGUAGCUGCCUCAUUACUAGGACAGGAACGAGUAACAGCAAGACCAACUCUGGGAGCGACUGGCUCUGCUGCAGAGUUACCCACAUCUAGUGAAGGUGAGGGGAGAGGGUCAAGCAGCAGUCGCACUCUCAGGCAAAAAAUCCAAGAUGCAAUGGGGCAGUGUUUCCCAAUAAAGACACACACUGCAGCGGCACCAGCUCCAUUGCCGCAGGCUCUUUCAUCAUCAAGUGCCUGUGGCUCUUCGAGGCGCAAGAUCCAUCUCAGUGAGUUGAUGUUGGAUGACUGCCCUUUCCCUGUAGGAUCAGAGCUGGCUCAGAAAUGGUAUCUCAUUAAACAACACACGGCCCCCAUUACCCAGCCUCCCCUGCUAGAUUCUACAGUAGUGUGCACUGCCCCAACUUCAGCCAUGGCAGUUGCAGUGGAGGAUGUGGAUGACCGAUUACGAGAGCGCAGGCGCAUCAGCAUUGAACAAGGGGUUGAGCCACCUCCCAAUGCAGAGAUCCACACAUUUGAGGUUACAGCCCAAAUUAACCCUCUCUACAAGCACGGCCCAAAGCUGGCUCAUGGUAUGAAUGACUUAGCUGAGACUGACAGAACCUCCGUCCAUCAGCAACAGCAGCUUCUUCUCCAAAGACAGCAGCAACACCAACUCCUCUUACAGAGCUGUUUGGACACUCUGGAUGAAGUUGCAGCCUCAGCCUCUGCAUCAGCCUCUGUCCACACCUGCGACGCUGUCUCCGACGCUUUGGUUGACCCAGACAUAACUGCGACCAGCAUGACCUCUGGAGAAAUUCUUCCUCAGACUGAGCAUCACAAAUCUCACGAUAGCUACCGCAUUCACACUCAGAUUGAUUACAUUCACUGUUUAGUUCCAGACCUGCUGCAGAUCACAAACCUCCCAUGUUACUGGGGAGUCAUGGACCGCUACGAGGCAGAGACAUUGCUGGAGGGAAAGCCUGAAGGCACCUUUCUACUGCGGGACUCUGCCCAGGAAGACUACCUCUUUUCAGUUAGCUUCCGCCGCUAUGGCCGCUCACUACAUGCACGUAUUGAACAGUGGAAUCACAACUUUAGCUUUGAUGUUCAUGACCCCAGUGUCUUCCACGCGCCCACAGUUACAGGACUGCUAGAGCACUACAAGGAUCCCAACUCCUGCAUGUUCUUCGAGCCCCUCCUGUCCAACCCCAUCCACCGCACACAGCCCUUCAGCUUGCAGCACAUCUGUCGAGCGGUCAUUAGCAGCUGCACCACCUAUGAUGGCAUUAAUAUGCUUCCCAUUCCAAAUGCUUUAAAAAAGCACCUGAAAGAAUACCACUAUAAACAAAGAGUACGUGUACGGCGAAUGGAUACCUGGUGGGAAUGAAAAACAACAAAACACUGACUUAGAGAAACUUCCAAAUACAUUUUUAAUGCAAGUCUCACUAAACUGAACUGAGAAGUGAGUCUUAUUCUUCACUCCGUUUGGCUGUAUUAACCUACACCACACUGUACUUAUUUAUUAUAUUCCUGCUGUACAGGUCUUAACAAAUUGUACUAAACAACACUGAUGAGGCAAUAUGUAAUCUCACUGUUCUUGCACAUUCAGUUCUUUAUCCUCAAAUUAAACAGACUUAUUUAGAUGUGUGUUGUUCACGGCUAUCCUCACAUAUCAUCUGUGUUUUCAAGUGUGACUAAAUCAGCUUAAUUAUCUAACGAUGGGGGGGGGAGAGUCCUAGAGUGAAAGGAGAUGAUUAUAAUCAAGUUGUUCAUCAGUCACGUGCUGAGAAGGUGAAACACGCACUGACAAGGUUUCUUUCUUGUAAGUGAGGUGCUGAAGUACAGCACGUCUGUGGUAUUAAUCAUAAUUGCCUACAUAGCCCAGGGCUGAUCAUAAGGGAUGACAGUUAGGUGCAUAUGCUACGUGGUCCUAUUAAAGAUGCAAAGGCUUGUCACUCACUGGAUUUGAUAAUGUGCUCACAUUAGUUUUGAGUUUAAUUUUUACUUUUAACUGCAAUUAAAGACUAACUAACA